AUGGUUAAUCAUAUAACUUGGAAAAAUAUUUCAAACUUGGUCUCGAACGGCUCUUACAAAGAAGCCCUCUCUCACUACGCCCAAGCCCACUCCACCUCCAUCCACCCAAACAAAUUCACAUUCCCCUUCCUCCUCAAAUCAUGCAAAGAGCUCAAAUCGAUCCCGCAAACCCAACAAAUCCACACCCACAUCAUAAAAUUUGGUUUUAUGUCCAAUAAAUACGCGGCAACAGCUCUCAUUGAUGCUUACGUGAAGCUCCAGCUGUUCGGAGACGCACUUAAGGUGUUCGACGAAAUUCCUAACCCAACACUUCCUUCUUUUAAUGCCGUAAUUGCUGGGUUUUCUCGCCAUGGGCGCUGCGAAGAAUCUGUUCGAAGCUUUAGGCUACUUGCAUACGAGGGGUUGCCCCCGAAUUCUGUUACCAUUGCGAGCCUGUUGCCUGCAUGUAGAAUGGUUGAGCAAGGAUUGCAAUUGCAUGGUCUUUCGAUAAAGAUGGGGCAUCAUUCGGAUUGUUAUGUUGCGACCGCACUUAUUACUAUGUAUGCAAACUGCUCUGAAUUGGGUUUGGCCCGAAAGGUCUUUGAGCUCAUCGAUGAGAAGAAAAUUCAAAGCUACAAUGCAGUGGUUUCUGGGUUUCUAAGAAACGGGGAAGAUUACAUGGCUUUGAAUUUGAUCAGGAAAAUGUGUAUUUCGCUGAACAAGAAGCCCAAUCCAACAACUUUGCUCUCCGUUCUCUCUGUAUGCUCAAAUUUAUCAGCUUGUUCGCUUGGCAAGCAGGUACAUUGUUAUCUAUUGAGAAGCGACAUGAAUCAUGACGUCAAACUAGGAACAGCACUUGUCGACAUGUACUCUAAAUCUGGAAUUGUUAAAUGGGCAUAUCGCGUUUUCAUGUCCAUGGAAAAUAGGAAUUUGGUAACUUGGAAUGCAAUGAUAUCCGGUUUUUUAGUUCACGGACACCUCAACAUUGCUCUGGAAUUGAUCCAUAAGCUAAAAAUCGAAGGAAUGAAGCCUGAUACAGUAGCGUUGAAUCUGAUGAUAAUUGGGCUUUCUCAACAAGGAAAAAUAGCUGAAGCCUUUGCUUCAUUCAAGGAGAUGCAAUCAGAUGGAAUGGUGCGCCCAAGUCUAGAGUCUGUAACAAGCCUUCUACAUUCUUGUUCAUACGCCUUGGAUCUCCGGCAGGGUAAAGAGAUUUAUGCCCAUGUAGUUAGAACAAGAAAAGAUUUCGAUGAUGUGGUUUUCCAAACAACAAUGAUCCAUCUAUGCAUGCGAUGUGGAGAUUGUAGUUAUGCCCGUAGAGUAUUUGAUAUGUAUGGAAAGAAAUCAACCGAUCCAACAAUUUGGAAUGCCUUAAUUUCUGGUUACGGUAGAAACGGAGAAAAUGAAUUAGCUUUACAAUUGUUCAAUGAGAUGCUAGAACUAAAUGUAAAGCCCAAUUCAGCUACUUUUCUGAGUGUUCUUUCAAUCUGCGGUCAUUCUGGUCAGGUUAAGAAAGGGUGCGAUAUAUUUGAGAAGAUGAGCAGUACCUACGAUAUUAAUCCAACUGCAGAACACUUUGGUUGCAUGGUGGACCUACUGGCCCGAGCGGGGAAGCUUUUCGAAGCUCGGGACUUGGCACGAAAGCUCGAUAACCCUCCCAGUUCGGUGUAUUAUUCUUUACUUGGUGCCUGCGAAUGUUAUUCUAAUGCCGAAAUUGGCGAAGAGAUGGCUGAAAGGCUUUGUAAGUUAGACCCUUCAAGCCCAACUCCUUUGGUAAGUCUAUCCAAUAUAUAUGCUGGUGAAAAUAGAUGGAAUGAUGUAGAGAGGUUGAGGAAGAUGAUGGCAAACAGGGGACUCUACAAAGUGCCUGGUUAUAGUUGGAUGGAUGAGAAAGCCGAGUUGCAGAUCACCUAG